AUGGCGGCAGCGGUUUCUGCGGCGAGGGUCUGGGGGCCAAGCCGAGGGCUGUGUCAGGUUGCCCUCUUGCUACUGCGGCGGCCUGGGGCGCGAGGGUUGGCUAGAUUUCACCCCCAGAGGCAGCAGCAGCAGUUCUCAUCCCUGGAUGACAAGCCCCAGUUCCCAGGGGCCUCGGCCGAGUUCGUGGAAAAGCUCGAGUUCAUCCAGCCCAAUGUCAUCUCAGGAAUCCCCAUCUACCGCGUCAUGGACCGCCAGGGCCAAAUCAUCAACCCCAGCGAGGACCCCCACCUGUCCCAGGAGGAAGUGCUGAAGUUCUACAGGAGCAUGACGCUGCUCAACACUAUGGACCGCAUCCUCUAUGAGUCCCAGCGGCAG